AAAUGAAGAAGCUUAAAUAUGAAGAAGGAAAAGAGGAAAAAUUAACUGCCAAAAGACGGGAGUUGGAAGCUGAAGUUUCYGCUCUGAGGACAAAAGUGGAAACUCUUGAAGCAAAAUUUCCAAACCUUCAGUUUGAGUACAGAGAUCCAGAGGCAGGGUUUAACCGAAGCAAGGUAAAAGGACUAGUGGCUCAAUUGAUACAUGUCAAAGAUGUGUCAACUGCCACUGGCUUGGAAGUGACAGCUGGAGGAAAGCUCUACAAUGUAGUGGUGGACACUGAAGUGACUGGUAAAAAGUUGAUAAGCAAUGGGAAACUCAAGCGUCGAUACACAUUCAUCCCAUUGAAUAAAAUAGCUUCUAGAACUCUCUCAAAUGAUGUUGUCAAAAGAGCAGAGGGCUUGGUGAGUUGAUAAAGUUCAUGAUCUGAUCAUGCUACUGUUGCUUUGUGAUUUGUCUUCCUACAACUCAUAAAGAUGCAAGAGUUCUCAAGUUCAAAAUGACAAAGAGAUCCCGAAAUUCAUUUUGUUAAGUAUUUUAAACAUAAAAAUGUGUGAUUCUAGAAAACAUCCAUACCAACCUGAAGGAGAGUAAUCAGAAAUUCUAACAGUAAAGGGGAAGGGGUUGUCAAAAGCCAACAUUUUUAAAGAAAAGCAUGGAAGAAAAGCCAAGUGGGAUUUCUUGAGAGAUGGGGAGGAGGGAGGGGGG